UCCCCACUCCCGACUGCUGACUUGCCGGAAUAUUCCGUCAUGACGGCAAUCUCUGGGAUUUUCCCGAAAAGUAUAUAUACAUUUCUCUUCUCCUCCUCCCUGCCCUAGCGUCCCCCGACCCCUUUCUUUCCUCUUCGCUCCUCCACGCCUCUCCCCGUCGCCGCCCCAUCUCUUUCUUUCUCUCUCCCCCCUUUUCUCUUGCUUCUCUCUCUCUGGCUUUCUUGCCUCUCUUUCUCUCUCCAUGUGCUUGUUCUUGGUGGCGUGGAGAUCGAUGCAGCGGGAAUGGAAGCCUUCCGAGGGGAUCCGUCGGCUGGGCACUAGGAGGAGCUUCGGAUCGGGGAAAAUAGGGCCUUUAUUGGUUCUCUAGGGCUCAGAGCUCUCUUUCCGUGGUGGAUGGACGCAGUGGAGUUGCCCGUGCCGGUGAACGUUGUCGUAUCGAAGCUCUUGGCGACCGAGGGUUUCGGGAGGGUUGGGGAGCCGGAGAAGAGGGGCUCCGACGGCGCUGAUGCUCCCGUUUUCGGAAGCCACAAGAUAUCUGGUUGCAGCCCUUAUAGUAGCGAUUCAGAACAUCAGCACUCAAUUUCAGAAUGCAGUUCAGUUUCCAGACACAAAAAGAUUGACCGGGGGCUAUGUUUGAAUGAAGAUAUGCCUCCCAGUUCCAAAUGCGAAGGUAAUGGCAAAAAGCAUCACCUUGGAGAGGCAGAUAUGCCUAUCUUAUCACUAGCCAAGCUUGAGGGAAGACCAUUGAACAAGAAAUCUGCAAAAAGACCGAACACUUUCUCUUGCUCUAAGCGACCAAGAAUAGAUAAACCAGAAAAUUCUGUGACGAAUUCUGGAAUUGAUGACCAUAAUAUUAUAUCCAGGAGAAUUGGAUCUGACAGCUUACAGUGUACUUCUGCUGAUAAAUCCCGGGUGGUCAAGCAGAAGCGUGGUCAAGAUGGAAAGAGAACAGACAAAAAGAACUUUAGAGGUGGUCUGAGAAGUAAAUAUGAUUGUUUUACAACAAGGGCUGGAUUAAACAACUGCGAUUCUGCUUCUGGAGGAAACAACAUUCUUGGAUUGUACGGUCUCAAGUCAGAUCUCCGUGAUGUUACAAAGCAUAUGGAUGAUCUAUCACUAAAUGAACUUCUCGAUGGCAAUUACAAAUAUCCUAACAUAUGUCCAGAAAAAGGAAAGAGAGCCUCAAAUGUGCAUGAGAAUAUUUUAAUCUCAGUUAGAAAGGCUUGCUCUAUCCUUCCACUCCAUGGUGCAGUUGAUAACAAUGGAAAUGGAAAAGCUGUUAUAAACCUCUUGAAUCGUAAUUGCUCUUCGCUGAACUUGUCUGAAUGUGAUAACAAGGAUAAGGGCAUUGAUGAAUUAGUAUCUUGUCGCAAGGAUCCCUGUCAGUUGAACUGGAAUGACUCCACUUUAUACCAGCCUAAAGACAUUUUAAAGAGGUUGACACUUCCUGCAGCCCAGGAUCUGGAUGCUCUUUUGUUGGACUUAAACAUGACUAUGGUCCCUUUACGGUCUACCGUGCACAUGACAACUUUCUGCCAUGCUAGCUUACCGCCUUUUCCUUGGUCCUUUUGUCACACUGGAGCCUGCAAACCCAGUGUAGAUGUUGGUAAAUUGUCUUCGAUGAAGAGCACAUCCCAAGGUAAAUGGGUUAGAAUAGGAAGCGAUUCCACUUCCCUUGGAGAUGAUCAGAGUUGCUUCUCUGAAAUGGAAUUGAAGUCAUUUAACCACACUGAAGACACUAUAAUCCAGCACAAGAUUAAUGAUCUUCUUCAAGAUGUGAACACCCUGGCAACAUCUGUCAGGCCUCUAUCCAAUUGUCCUUCCAGUACCUUAUGCAAUCUGUCAGUUUCUUCAGAAGCUCAUAGUUCAAAUGAUGUUGAUUUGAAGAAAGAUUCUGGUUCUUUUGGUUCAUUUAUUUCUAAAAGGCCUAAUUUAACAGAGGAGCAUGUGGACGCUUCAGAUUGUCAUCUGGAAUUUGACCAUAAAGACAGUGUGUUUUUAAGAACUUCUGAAUCAGAAGUCCAUCUGAGGUUUAAGGGAUUUGAACCCAACUUAGUAGAUCCAUCACAGUCUACUUUGCAAUUCGAGGAUGGUGAAGUCACCCGAAAAGCACAGCAUACAAUAGGAAGACAUGGUUAUUCAGAAAAUUGCUCUUGCCACUCUUGUAAAAGCACUUCUAGUGGAUGUGAUCAGAAUUCACGGUAUUUUCCUACACCAAAGAUAUCUAAACCAGGCUACUCACCGAUGGUACUGCUUGCUGCUGAAAUACUAUGUGAGAUGGGACAUUGUUCCAAUGCCAUCAAGACUCGAAGCCAUGACAGUGGGAGGAUAAAAUGGCCCAAGACAUCAUCGCAGAAGACCAUGAAAGCUCGCAAAUCAACAUCUUCCAUGGAUAAAACAGAGAGUUCAUUUCUCACAGGUAGGCAUCAUGAUCCAGUUAGAAGUACAGGCCUUCCAUUUGUGAAACGUAAGUUGAUGAGCGAAAAGAAAAGUGAUUUCAUCCACAUGAACAAUAGUGGUAGAGGACCUGUAAGAUGGUCUACUCCUGUGGAAGGUGUUGCAUCUCCCAUCAAACUGGAAAGAGAUGUAAUCAUCAGCACAAGACCAUUGCAUAGCAAUGCCAUCAGGCCCCCAAGUCUGACGUCAUCACCUGCUCGAGGCGAAAAGGGCUGUGACAAUCAGCAGAAGCUUAGGAAAUCGGCAGUGACGUCAUCAGUUACCUUUGGAGGGUCUUGUAUUAAAGACUGGAACAAGGGAAGGACCAAGAGAGUGUGAUUGUACAUUGACAGAUACCAUCAAUGCCGGUGCUCCUUGUUGAGAGGCUGUAAAAUACGUAGAUGGGGGUCUGGGUUGGGCUUCUUAGCGGGAGACAAGAUAUAUAUCUAGUCUUACAAAUGGGUUGACUGGAGGGAAGAAAUGUGCCCCCGAUUGUUUGGUUGAAUUGUGUCCGUUGGAGGGCUGUGUGAAUUAACUGGGCAUUUUUUGUGGGCCAAUUUGUUGUUUGUAAUGGGUCUACUUGUCUUGUAUGUUAUCCAUGAAUAGUGCAUGCACGUGCACGCGCACGCGCCUGCGGAUCCAUGCACGUGUACACAAAACUCAUCUGCCUGUUUUGACAAAUAGUGUUACAGAUGGGCCUCUUCUUUUGCCUGUAUCUGUCUUGGCUGCAAAUCGUAUAUUAAUUUUUAGAGGU